AUGUCUCCGGUGGCCAUGAGUCUGGAAGAAUUGAUACCAUCAAACCACAAAAAGUCUCAUAUAUAUUCUAUAAUCAUAAGAACUGCAUUGGUAAUGUCUACAUUGCUUGUUGCUCUCAGCAUCCCCUUCUUCGGUCUGGUGAUGGCAUUCAUUGGAUCUUUUCUCACAAUGCUAGUAACAUUGAUUCUUCCGUGUGCUUGUUACCUCAGCAUCUUAAGGGGUAAAAUAAACAUCUUUCAGGGCUCCAUCUGUAUCUUCAUCAUCGUAGUUGGCAUCAUAGCAUCAGGAUUUGGAACCUAUUCAGCCCUCUCUGAAAUUAUCCAGAACUUAAUUUGA